AUGGUUGCCAUACAACCGGGUGACAACCCCGUGGCUGACAGCCCAACCGGCGGCGAGGCUAUUUGGCGGUUGCUGACAGGCGUGGCGCACGAAUCGUGGGAUGCCAUCUGCAAACACUCACCUCAUGCAUUGCACGCGGGUGCCGAGACGGACGAAAAGGAAAAUGCAGAACUGAAGCGGCGAGCAGGCCGUGGCGACGGCGGCGGCUUCUUCCACAACGGAUGGGGCGACAACAAUGGAAACGACAAUGGCAACGACGGGUUCUGGGGCCACAAUGGACGUGGCAAUGGCAAAACGACAGCAUCAUCGGAAGCGCAAGCAAAGUCCACACCGACGACGUCAACAACCCCAGAGAAAACAUCCUCCACGCCAGCCAAGGCCACAUCUACAACGCCCCAGGCCCAAUCCACACCCGCGGCCGAACCAACGACGGAGGCAACGUCCAAAGAAGCAGUAGCAGCACCCGCCCAGUCGUCAACGCCGGCCGCCAACAACGACAGCAAUAGCCAACCGACGUCGGCGGUGAACAACAACGAUGGCAACGGUGCUUCUGGAAGUCAAACAUCACAGGAUGCAGGUGCAGGAAACAAUGCGGCCGCCACGGCUGCACAGGCCACGCCCUCUGGAGCAGGUAGUAGCAAUGGCAGCAACGACAACAGCGAGAGUGCCGCCGGAGCCAAUGCAAGCCAGACCGCCGCUCCAACAGCAUCUGCCGCUGCCGAGGCAGCCGGUGGAGCCAGCACGGCCUCUGGUGGUCGUGGCAGCUCGGUCUAUGGCGAGCCCCACGGACAGACUACGCCCAUUCACGACAGCACGCCGUCGCCGACAACGGCUGGCAAUGGUCGCGCAUUCGGUGCAGCCGCCACGUCGGACGCUGCAUCGGCUACAGGCUCUUCCAUCUCGUCGAGCGAUGGCGGUGGUACGUCCUCUACGUCCAGCAGCAACAGCCAUGCCGGGGUCAUUGCUGGUGUCGUUGUGGCUCUUGUACUGCUGCUGGCCGCGGCUGCUCUGCUCUACCGUUUUCGCCGGUCCAAGGCAUUGCGGCCAUUGUUUGCUGCCUGCAGUGGCAAUCGCAACGGCGGAGGCAUUGGCAGCGGAGGCGGCGUAGACGGCAAUCCAGACGGGGCCCGACGGCUCAACAGCCGGGGCUCGGUGCGGUCGCUGUUGACACCCCUCAGUGCCGUGCCUAGUCCUGGUCCCAGUGCUGGUCUCAGUGGCGGUGGCUAUGGAGGCGGCUAUGGUGGUGCGGCCAUGUCCGAAAUGAUGGCCGUGGCUGCACCGUCGGCGCAGACGGGCCGCGUAUUCAACGAGAAGCAGUCGACUAUGGCCAUGGCUGCAAGCGCCGUUGCCGGUGCCGGUUCUAUUGCCGCUGCUCCUGGCUCGUCUUCGGCUGGAAAUCUGCCGCCUCCGAGGUAUCCACAGGCCCCUGCUGUCAUGGGAUCGCCUCGAUCGGUAUCAUCUUCGGUCGACAGCGGUGAUCUGACACCCUCAACUGUUUCAUCGGGCACCGCUGGUACGCCGGGCACCGCAGCCGCUGCCGGCGCCGCUGCUACUCGAGGACGUUCGGCGUCGCGCAGCAGCUACAGCACCUUUCCUGCCACAGGCCGGACCCACGCCUACGGCCACAGCACCAGCAGCAGCAGCGUCAAUUCUGUGCCGCGUCUGCAGCCCGUGCCAGCGCAGCCCUUUGCUACACGGCGCGGCGGCAGUGGCGGUCGUGCUGUUGGUGGAGCGGCCCACAACAUCCCUGCCGGCUCUCUUCUGCCGACACCGCCGCCAACGGCUGUCCAGCCAAAGGAGCAUGUCCAAGCGCAGGCACAGACAGUUCCCCGCCUGGCGGUCGACACAGCGGACGGAGUGAAUGGCCACCCGUCGACGCAACGCUCUCCCAUGUCCCGCACACCCACGCAACCCCUGGCGUCGCCCGCAGCACUCGCACCGCCGCCUUUGUCCGCAACGGGACGCCAACGGUCGUCGAUGGAGAACAGCGACGACAUGCACGAGAUGGACGCAAUGGGCGCCACGGACGCCACGGACGCCGCCUCCUCCCAAAACCGCUCGAGCUACGGCAGCGUCGGCGGCAGCAGCAUCACCAGCAGCGUGCUCUUGUCGCCGUCGCUGCUGCAGUGGCCUGUGCCCCCGCAAACGCCACAGACGCCGCCCAUUUCGGACCGUGAUGGGUCGUCGGAGGACACGAUGCCCGCUGGUGCAGCGCCAGAACCAUUGGCGCCUGCGGCCGCACCGGUGCCAGCAAAGGGCCGCCCUCGGGCGACGAGCAGCAGCAGCAGCACGAUGCUCGGCCGCGCGAUGCCGACGCGGGCACCCCUCAACGGCCCGGCCUCGCGGAGUCUGCUGCAGACGCCAGUUGGACGGCGGCCCAGUCUUGGCGGCGGACUGUCUUCAGGGGCAGGCGAAUCUGUCGGGUACGGACACAUCAGCCAGCAACAGAUGCACCCGCAGCAGAUCUCGCAACAGAUCUCGCAACAGAUCUCGCAACAGAUCUCGCAACAACCACUCCCACAGUAUCAACAACAGAAAUAUCCGCAGCAGCACCGCCCGCCAAUGGGCUACAUGCCGCCCCAGGCAUCAGCCCUGACUGUCCGCACCGACGGCCAGGCCACGUCGGUGCGCAUCCCCAUCUCGCGGUACCAGACGCCCCAGAGUCCGCAGGGCAUGCAGAGACAGCGGCAGGACUACUACUAG